CGGCGGCGGCGGGAGGGGCCCGGGACGGCCGCCUCAGCAUCGACGCCUCGCUCACCAAGCUCUUCGAGUGCAUGAGCCUGGCCUACAGCGGGACCUUGGUUUCCCCCAAGUGGAAGAAUUUCAAAGGGCUGAAGUUAUUGUGUCGAGACAAAAUACGACUCAACAAUGCCAUCUGGAGGGCUUGGUACAUCCAGUAUCUAGAGAAGAGGAAGAACCCCGUGUGCAAUUUUGUGACCCCUCUGGAUGGUUCUGUGGAUGUUCCUCAGGUAGACCAGGGUAGCAGAACAAAUGAGAAAUAUUGGAGGAGGCGUAUUGACAUAGUCAUCCGAGAAUAUCACAAGUGGCGAACGUACUUCAAGAAAAGAUUACAAAAGCACAAAGAUGAAGACCUAUCCAGUUUGGUCCAGGACGAUGGCUUCUUCAAGAAAGACAGCCCCAUGGAACUGGAAGAGUUCUUCACCACGGACGAUUACAUGUCGGGAUCUUCAGAUACCCUCUUCUCCACCCUGUCUAGUCACCAGCUGGUCACCUGGCCAAGUUCGAAGGAGAGAGCGCACCUGGGCAAUGCCGACAUGAUUCAGCCGGGACUUUACCCUCUGCAGCCCAACUGGAUGGACACUUGGGAGUUUUUCUCAGAUACCUUCACCUCUUCGGCCAUCACUACCUCCAGCCUGACAUCCAGUGCCUCUUUGCCAGGGGCCAUCGAGAAUUGUCCCCAGGCCCCGAGCCUCUCCUCGGCCUCUUUACGCAGCCCACUUCCGACGGUGAACCUGGGAGAAGAGCUGGUGCCCCCUCCGGGGCCUGACUCCAUCCUCUCCGCUGACCAGUGCCUGGGCCUGAAGAACGAGGACCUCUCCUGCCUGCAGACCGCCGGCUUCCCCUCCGACCUACCCCUGAGCGGCAGCCAGCCCCACUUCCUGCCUCGCUUCCCGACUCUGGGGCUGCCUCUCCAGGCGGAGGUCCCGUCCCAACCGCCGCAGCAGAGCCUUCUCUCCUUGAACCCGGAGCUGGCCCUGCAGGUGCCGCUCUUCCCUCCGGCUGAGGCAGCUCCGAAAUUCUGUCCCAGCAAGCCUUCGGUCAUCACCCACACCGCCUCAGCCACCCCCACGCAGAACGUGCCAGCCACCACCUUCAGCCACGGCCCGGCGGGACUCUUGGCCCCCCAGCAACCCGGUCCUGGGGGGCCAUGCACGAUGGCCACUCUCCAGGCGAUGGUGGUCCACCCGCAAACUGUUCUGCAAGCGCUGACGCCCUUCGUCCUGCCCGUGGCGGGCCCUGGGCUGCGGGCCAGGAAGCCCCAGCAGAUUGCGCCCGCCCCCACGGAGCCCGUGCCUUUGAUGUUGAAUAGUGCCUUCCUUUCCACAGUCCAAGACUGCCAGCCGUCCAGACAGGCCUCUCCCCACCCGUCCGAGCAGGGCCUCGGCCCUCCGUCCCCACAGAGCAGCAGCCGGUCCAGGAAAGGAACCCCUGAGCCUCAGGUGUUCCUCUUCAAGAGUCGCAGAAUGAAGCAUAUCUCGGCCGAGCAGAAGCGGAGGUGUAAUAUCAAGAUUGGCUUUGGCACCCUCAACAGCCUGGUCUCCCCAAACUCUAAAUCGAUCAGCCACGCCCUGACCCUCCAAAAGACGGUGGAGUACAUUGGCAAGCUGCAGCAGGAACGUUCGCAGCUGCAGGAGGAAGCCAGGCGCCUUCGGGAGGAGGCAGUGGAGCUGGACGCGACCAUCAAGUCCUGCCACCAACAGUUGCCUGCCACGGGGGUCCCCAUCACCAGGCAGCGCUUUGACCAAAUGAGGAGCAAGUUCGAAGAGUACGUCCGAAACCGCAGCCAGCAAAACUUGAAGUUCUGGAUCUUCAGCGCCAUCAUUGAGCCUCUGUUUGAAACCUUCAACGAGAUGGUGUCCACCACCAGCCUGCAGGAGCUGAACCGGACAGCCUUCUUAUGGCUGGACAAGCACUGCUCGCUCCCGGUCCUGAGGCCCAUGGUUCUGAACAGUCUCCGGCACCUAAGCACUACAACCUCCAUUCUCUCCGACCCGUCCCUCUUGGAAGAGCAAGCCAGCCAGGCCUUGGGCAAACUCCACAAAGCGUCUGGAGAAACGUAGGAGAAGAUGCUGUCAACCACAGCGGGCCAUCCCUGCCUCCAUAGAGACCUUUGUCAUCUUCUCCAGUCGGGGGCUUCCUCCAGAGGUGUAGGAACCACCUUCGCCGGGCGUUCCUGGCCCACCUGCUGGCUGACAAUACAAGGAUUCGCUUCCCCAUCUCCCCCCACCAAAGUUGAGGGCACCCAGCUGUAGAAGGAGGCCUCGCAAGCUUCCUUGUGUUGACACCACCCUCAGAGACAAGAAGGCAUCCAGACGGGGAGGACAGAAAGUUGAGGUUCUCCCAACACCACCUUUGGGUUUGGCCGAAUGUGAAAAAUGCAACUCAGGGAAACUCCUUCCAGCAAUAGAUGCCCCCCUUCCACGCAACCUCUCUGAAUAUAUGCAGUAGGAAUAAGCUUUCUCUCCAUGCUAACCUCCGUUGCAAGGGGCGUGCGGUGGUUUAGAACGCAGCGUUGCGGGCAAAACUCUGCCCACAGCCUGGAGUUCGAUCCUGACAAGGCUCAAGGUUGACUCAGCCUUUUGUCCUUCUGAGGUC